AUGAAUAACAAACCAACAUGCAUUACUUUCUUCUUGAUGUUAUCAACACUAUUCAUUAUUAUAUCCACAAAUUCAGGAAAUGCUCUUCCUAUUAGUUUAAGAUCAAUAUUCACAGCUAAUAAAUCAAAAUGGUCUGAAACUGGCCAUUUAAAUAAUCCACGACUUUAUCAUGCGGCAAGUUUGCUAUUAGAUGGAAAGGUAUUAGUUACUGGUGGAGAAGCUGAUGACGCUUGUUCCACUGCAGAACUUUAUGAUCCAAUAUCAAAAAAUUGGACAAAGUGUUACAACAUGUUUUAUGGUCGAUGGGCUCAUACAGCAACUGCAUUAAGAAAUGGGAAAGUUUUAAUUGCUGUAGGAUAUGUUGGAGAGCUAGAACCUUUGGGUAAUGUCAAAUACAUGUAUAAUGAGGCUGAGUUGUAUGAGACAUCAACAGGAUAUUGGUUCCAUACCACUAGCAUGAAUAUCGAACGGUACUUUCAUACAGCAUCCUUAUUACAAAAUGGAAAUGUUUUAGUUGUAGGUGGAUCCGAUGAUGCACCCAACAGUGCUGAAAUAUAUGACCCAAAAAUGGAAACUUGGAUAAAUACUACAGAUAUGCAUUAUGCACGGAGAUGGCAAACUGCAACUGUGCUAAAAAAUGGACAAGUAUUAGUUACGGGUGGGUGGGAUUUUUCGUCUAAUAUGAUGAACAGUGCAGAAAUAUAUGAUCCAUCAACAAACACAUGGAAAGUUGUUGGCAGUAUGAAUUAUAAACGAUGUUUUCAUACAGCAACAUUAUUAACGAAUGGUAAAGUGUUAGUCGCUGGAGGAAUAUAUGAUGAUCAUAAUAUUGUAAACAGUACGGAAUUAUUUGAUCCAUCGACUGAAUCCUGGACAAUUACUGGUAAUAUGACUCAAGGACGAUACCUACAUACAGCAUCAUUACUGAAAAGUGGAAAAGUAUUAGUUUCUGGUGGAGGCAGUUUUACUAGUGAGUUUUCAACUGAUGCUGAACUGUAUGAUUUCUCAAUAGGUGUGUGGACAAAUACGAGUAGCAUGAAUUAUCAACGUGCAAGCCACACAGCAACGGUGCUAGCAGAUGGAAAUGUGCUAGUUAUUGGUGAACCAUGUGAUAAUAUUAUUCAUAUAUGUUCAUCACAAAUUGUAUGUUUACCAUUAAUAGCAAUAAAUUUCUGUCGAAGAGGAUGGUUUAAUAAUGGACGUAUGAAUAAUGCACGAUGGUUGCACACAGCAUCUGUAUUAUCUAAUGGAAACGAUUUAGUUAUUGACAUUGACACAAAUCCUGAGUUAUAUGAUCCAUCAACAGGAAUAUGGACAUUGAUCGGAAAACCUUUGAUAUCCUCAUUGAAUUGUACACAGUAUUCAUCUGAUCUUGAUGUACUUCAUUCAUUGCCAUUCAAUAUUACAAUUGCAAAUGGAACUACAAAGUGUACACCAAGAGGUCCAUGCGCGACAAUUAAUUCUCAUCAACAAGUAACCAGUUUCGAUGUGUGGAAUCGCGGACCACAAGAGGCUCUUCAGGUGUACUGUCUUACGCAUCUAUCACAACUGAGAUUACAAUUUCAUGAACCGCAAUGGCAUAUACCAACGGAGAUUGGUGACUUGACGGACGUAAUGGCACUUUAUCUUGAGAAUAUCGCUGAUGGGAGUGAUAUACCAGAGACAAUUGGAAAACUGACUAAUCUAGAAUGGUUAAGCGCAACUGCAUGGAAAUUAACCGUACUUCCAGAUUCGUUAGGCAACUGCAAAAAACUAAGGUUUUUAUCUAUUGCUGCUCCAUUGAAGCAAUUGCCAAUCUCUCUCAGUCUUUUACCUCUAGCGAACCUAUGGGUAACUUAUUUCGCUGGCUCAUCAGUUCCACAGGAUUUCUUUCACAGUCUUAAUCCAACAUUGAAAACACUGAGAAUCAAUAUUUCCAAGUUUGAAUCUUUUGAUAGUUUUUCCACUUUGACUAAUCUUGAAGUGUUGGAAGUGGUAAGCACAGGCCUAAUGGAAGUUCCCGUGGAAUUUAACGCUCUCACUUCUAUCAAAGGUUUUCAUGUAGCAGGCAAGAAUAAUCUAUCUCGAUUGUCCGAGGACUUCCCCAUCGAAAAUUUAGAGAGAUUACUUCUUGAAAAUAAUUGUUUUACUAAACUUCCGGUGCAAGCUUUACUCAGUAGAAAUUUAGAGGCACUCGAAUUAUCUGGUAAUCGACUUGUUGAUAUCUCGGAAAUUGUGCUAGCCAAAGGUCCAUUACAAGAUGUACGAUUCUCGAAUAAUAAGAUUGAGACAUUACCCGAGACCAUCAACAAACUUGGUGAUAGUUCACAAUCACUUUAUAUGAAUGGAAACCGACUGCGAACUGUACCAGCAGAGGAACUGGUGAAAAUGAAAAAGCUAAGAUUAUUAGAUAUAAGUAAUAAUCAAAUAUCGGACAAUGAGAAAGCACGUCUACGAACUAUUUUUGCAGCGAAUCCAAGUCUUCAUGUUCAGUUUUAA